AUGAUACAACAACCACCUAACAAUAUGGCGAUAUUACAUUCGCAACAGCAACCUACACACCAACAGGCAGUUGGUCACGCUCAAAUGCAUCAACAACAGCAGCAGCACUCCCAACAAGUAUCUGUUCAACAACAGCAGCAGCAAGUUCAAUCUGUUAAUGCUCAACAGCAGCAGCAGCAACCGCCGCAACAACAGCCACCGCAACCACCACCAACGCUGCAACAUUUGCAAGUUCAGCAGCAACAACAAUCACCAUUCCCUCAACAACCACAACAAAUAUCUGCUGCCGCUUCACAAAAUGAACAAAGAAAUGGAACAUCUACAUCAAAAAUAGGACUAUUAAAUGCUUAUAUUUACGAUUUUCUAAAAAAACAAGGACAUAUAGAAACUCCAGUACCUGUACAGGCACCUGAUGGCUUUUUGUAUGAAUGGUGGACAGUAUUUUGGGAUGUUUACAGUGCAAAACUGGGUCGUCCGGGGAAUCAUACGAUAGAAGCUCAACGAUACGUGGAGCAGCAGAAUCGUACUAAACAAAACCGAAUGAGGAUACUUGCUGAAGGAUUAAAUCAAAACGGAACAUUUCCAUACCAACAAAUGGGUGUCGUGGUUAAUCAACAACAACCAAAUGUUGUUGGACAUCAACAAACUCAUCCUAAUCAAUUUGUUAGUCGACAACCUGUUGUUAAUGGAAUGAUGAAUAUUGACUCGCCUACUGCUAGCUCUGACACUAUGGUAAUGCUAACUAAUCCUCAAAGAAUGAAUUUAAUAAAGAAUAAUCAGAUGAGACAAGUACCACAAAUACAACAACAACAAGUACCACAACGAUUUAUGCCUCAAACAAAACAAUUUCAUUCUGGCCAAACGAUUCCGCAUGGACAGUCGCCAACGUUAGUUAUUCGUAAUGAUCAAACCACUGCUGCAAUAAAUGGAAUCCAGCUUCAUAGUUGGAAACCAAUCAGGGAUGAAGAGACCGGUAGAUGUAGCGAGUAA